AUGCCUUUGCAACCCAACGAGCCACAUCCUGCCAAUGACCCCUCACUUGAGGACUCCUCUGAUGAUCAGGCCAAAAUGAUUCUGGACACCCCCAAACUAACCAUGAAGAACUGGUAUGCCUGGGACCCUUGUUUCCAGGACAUAUUGGCCUUGUGGUCCCUGGCCCUUAAGCACCUCAACAGCACCACCAAACCAGGUGAUAAGAGGACCCACAAAUUAUACACCCAACUCAAGAAAGACCUCACCAAGAUGGAGCACAUUGCCAAAUCAACCCUCCUCUAUGAAGCUGGAAGGAUCCAUAUGUUUAAUGUGGAUGUCUGUAAAUUCUCCACUGACCUGAAUGAGCAUUGGGCCAAGGCCAAAGCCAUGGGUUUCAACCUGACAAGAGUUCUCAAGAUCAGAACUCUCAUCAAUCAGGCAAGUGUCAUGACUGCAUACAAUAACUGCAUCAUGAACCUGCAAGAUAAUGGCUGA